AUAUCCAACAUUGCAAUAAAAUGGGAGCUAUAAAGUAUGGGGCAAUCAAGCAAUGCCCUUUAGCAUUAAUAUUCUUGAUUAUUGGUUCUUUUUCUUCUUCUUCUUCUUCUUGUCCCUAAACACGUUUCUUUACUCAGCAUUCAUUUGAACCAAAGCAAUGGAUGCAGAACAAGUUCUGAAACUGUUUGAUACCUUCUGGUUUCAGACAACAAUUUUCACCAACAAAACCUCGUCAACUUUUCAUGCGACAGCGGACACAACCUCUUUGUCCCUUGUGAAGGAAGCGCUUCCUUUUGAUUCAAACCUCCUCAGAGUUCCAACACUGCAAGUGAGGUCUCUUAGUGACCAAAACCUGGGGUCAAGCAUGGGUGUUUUCUCUGAUUUUCCAUCACCAAAUUCUGUGCUCACACCACCGAAGCUGAUGCCAAUUCUUUCUGGGAAGGAAGUGGGAUAUUUUCCACUGGAAAAAGGUAAUGGAAAGCACGAAGAUGAACGAGUAGUCACUGCCAAAAAAGUGUGUCACAGUGAUAGAAGAAGAAGAAGAAGAAGUUUCAGAAAAGGAAAAGCUACAAGAAGCCUCUCAGACCUUGAGUUCAAGGAGCUAAAAGGGUUUAUGGAUUUGGGUUUUGUGUUUUCCGAGGAAGACAAAGACUCAAGAUUGGUUUCUCUGAUUCCAGGGUUGCAAAGGCUAGGAAGAGAAGAUGCAGAAGAAGUGAGUUCAGAACAUAACAUUGAUGAAACUGUGAUUUGCAGGCCUUAUUUAUCAGAAGCUUGGGGUGUUCUAGACCAAAAGAAAUAUGUGAAUCCAUUGCUAAAUUGGAGGGUACCAGUUGUAGGAAAUGAGAUAGACAUGAAGGAUAAUCUCAGGUUCUGGGCUCAUACAGUAGCAUCUAGUGUAAGAUAACAAUGAAUGAUUUCCCUUUUCGAUUAAAAACUAUAACUAUUAGUCGCAUUCAAACUCUUUCUACUUAAAAGCGUAACAGUUCCGAAUAUCACGACUGUGAUUCGAUCUAUUAGGCUUUCGCCACGGAAAGUAUUGUCAACUGCAACAACAAUGUUGUUUUUUAUGUUUUGAAAGUCCUUAGAUGUAUAUGUUUGACUCUAUCUGCAACAAUAAUACAUGUACAUAUACAUUUCCAAUGUGAUAUUUUGUAAUUUGUA